AUGGCGUUUUCUGCAAUCAGUCAGCCUCUGAUUGUAGAGCAGCAUCCAUUCCAUUCUUUUGAUUGGUGCAUCGCGCAGGUGACCACAAGGACUUCAUCAGAAAAACAGAAGCGGUCAGGAGCGCCCAAGCAAGUCUCAAAGAUCCGAGCUCGGAACGAGGAUGUUCAUGAAGUUGAGGGAGGUUCUGAAGAGGAAGAGCUGCAGCUGGACGAGUCUAAUUCCAUGCUGGAGUUGAAGCCAGAAGUCACGGGGCUUCCCAUGUGCAUCUGGAUCAGCCAAAAGCACCCUGGGCGUAUCUUCGUUUCAAAGCGCUAUGGAGACGAUGCUGAAGCUGGGGACUGGUUCGUAAUGAACUUCGAAGACAUGUUAUCUGGUCCAAGAGGGAGUUCGGACGACUCAGAAUCGGAGAACUAA